CGACUUGCAGUCCAUUGCGGAUGCAGUACAUGAGGAUGAGCACCAAAACGUAAAAUUGCGUUUUGUUCGGCUGUCUUCUCACAAAAAACUAAAAUCAAAUAUCUCAACCUCUUCUGACUUAAGUGUGAAAUAAUGGUCAUAACUGACAAAGUUUAUAUUCCUCCUGACGAGGAAUUGACAGUCCAGGAACUCAAUGUCUCUUACCCUGUCCUGCAAGCAGCUUCAUUCUACGUUGGAAAGGCCUGUGAAGAUCACAAUAAUGAAUUCGUUCUGUGUCGCCGUGAGGAAAACAAUCCAGUUAAAUGUGUCAGUGAAGGAAGAGCUGUUACUGCAUGUGCAUUGCAAUUUUUCCAAAAAUUGAAGAAGAAUUGUCGAGAUGAAUUUGUGCAGUACUACAAUUGCUUAGACAAAUCGAGUGGAACAUCUGCAUUUGCACCAUGUCGCAAAACUCAAGCAGUUCUGGACAAGUGUGUCCUGGACAAACUGAACGUGGAACGUCCACCCUACGGCUACUUCUGUGAAGUCAAAGUACAUGAUACAAAGAGACCGAAACCUGUUCAAGAACUGCCUGAGUAUAAAGAUCCAAUUCCUUCACUGCCCAAAGAUGCACCAGCUCCACCAGCAAGGUUCAAUUCCAGAUGGAUGUGGAUGAGUUAAAUGAGAAAACAGCAAAUAAUUUUGUUCCUUAAAGAUUAUUAGUCCUUAUAUGUAACACUGAUGUACACUUGAAUUUCUUGGAUAACUAAAGUCGUCUUCGUUUCUGCAGUCCAUCGGGGGGAAUAACGAUAGGUAGUUUAUUCAAGUGAUUCAGACAUAAAUAAAAUUGUUGAAUUGAUUACCA